AUGAGAUUAUCCUUUCCACUAAGAAUGACUUUUAAUUCAUCUCGGUCUUAUAACGAUGCAGUCGCUGCUUUGAACUCCCUACAAUCGAAUUAUGCUAAUAUCAUGGCCAUCAGGGCCUCCGGGGACCGGAAAAACAUGAUGAAUAUAUGGGAAAUGCAGGAAUGGUCUCGUCGUAUUGGUUAUUCUACUUCCGACUACAAUUCACUCAAUAUCAUUCACAUUACAGGUACAAAAGGCAAGGGCUCUACCGCGGCUUUUACUCAGGGAAUUUUGCAACAAUUUCAGAACGAUAUUAAGAAGAUUGGUCUAUACACAUCGCCUCACUUGAAAUCGGUAAGAGAGAGGAUCCGAAUCAAUGGUGAUCCGAUCUCUGAGGAGAAGUUUUCUAAGUACUUUUUUGAGGUAUGGGAUAAAUUGGACGCCACCACCUCGUCCGAAGAAAAAUUUCCACAUAUGGUUCCUGGAAGUAAACCUGGCUAUUUCAAGUAUCUCACUCUGUUGUCGUUCCAUGUCUUUAUGCAAGAAGGUUGCAACACCUGCAUAUAUGAAGUUGGUGUCGGUGGAGAAUUCGACAGUACAAACAUAAUCGAGAAGCCAACUGCGUGCGGUGUCGCCUUGUUGGGAAUUGAUCAUACAUUUAUGUUGGGUGAUACAAUUGAAGAAAUUGCUUGGAAUAAAGGGGGUAUUUUCAAACCUGGUACUCCUGCUUUCACGAUUGCAAACCAGCCAGAAGCCGGUCUUCGAGUUCUAAAGGAAAGGGCCCAGGAACGCCACACGACUUUGACAGAAGUGCCACAUUUCGAGCAACUUAAGGAUGUGAAACUGGGUAUUGCCGGCGAAUUCCAAAUUGCCAAUGCCUCUUUGGCUGUCGCGCUGGCUCAACAACACCUCCACCAAUUGAACAUUUUACAACAACCGGUAAAUGCUAAUGUAGGUGCUGUUAUCCCAGAUUCAUUCAAAAAGGGCUUGAGCUUGACAAGAUGGGACGGUAGGUGCCAAACAGUACAUGAUGGUGAGAUUACCUGGUACAUUGAUGGCGCUCACACUAAAGAGAGUAUAGAAGCUGCGUCAGGAUGGUUCAAAGCUGAAGUUUCUUCCUCAACUCAUAAAAAAAUCCUGCUAUUUAACCAACAGACAAGAAAUGCAGAGGCUCUCAUAAAUUCUCUUUAUGAUGUUUUGAAUACAGGUGUUACGUUUGAUCGCGUAAUAUUCUCUACAAAUGUGACUUGGAAAUCGGGGACGUAUAGUGCCGAUUUGGUCUCUCUGAAUACUUCAAAAGAGCAGGUUGACAAAUUGGAGGUUCAAAAAGCGUUAAAAAAUGUCUGGAAGAACUUGGAUGCCAAGGCCAACGUCGACGUAGUCGCCAGUAUUGAGUCCGCAUGUGAUUUGAUCAAGGCAUACGACGAACCUGUUGAUGUUUUUGUGACAGGCUCAUUGCACCUUGUUGGUGGUCUUUUAGUAGUUUUUGACGGGAAGAAUGAAGAAUAG